AUGGAUCCUGGUACUGAGAAGGAAACAAUAGCAGAAGAAAAAAGAUCAGAGAAAAAUCAUGAGAAAUUAGAAGAAGGUAAUGAUGUCGAUAUCAUGAUCGACAUCAACGACGAAGAUCUGAUGUUUGCCGACGAAGAUCUCAUCUUCUCCUCUCUCCCAGACUUCCCAUGCCUCUCCUCUCCUACCGCCAACUCCUCCACCAACCUCAAUUCCAACAGAAACCCAUCAAUAUCCUCGGCCUCAUCUUCAUCGUCGUCUUCUUCAUCUUGGGCCUUGUUUUCUAACGAAGGCCUGGCCCAAGAAGCCCACAUGCAGCCUCAGAACUCUUGGCGACAUCGAGACAGAGAAGACGGUGACGGCGACCGCUCGUCUACGGAUGAGAUGGCCAAGAUAUUUUUAGAUUGGUUGAAGAACAACCGAGACUCGAUCUCGCCGGAGGAUUUGCGGAGCAUCAAGCUCAAGAAGUCGACGAUUGAGUGUGCCGCUGCCCGUCUUGGGGGCGGUAAGCAAGGCCGCAGUCAGCUGCUGAAGCUUAUAUUGACUUGGGUCCAGAAUAACCAUUUACAGAGCAAGAACCAGCCAUUCUCACCAAUGACGGACUUCCACUCAUUUUCUCCUCCUCCACCGCCACCCAUUCAUUAUCCGCCGUUCCCCGGUAUUGGUUUUCCACAGUAUCCGACGAGGUAUAAUUCGCCAUAUCCUCCGAUGUAUCCUCAUCCCAGCCCGAGUGUUGGAGGUUCUACAGCGUCAGCAACGAAGGAAGCAAGGAAGAAGAGAAUGGCGAGGCAGAGACGGGUCUCGGUUCUUAAUCAGCAAAGGAAUAAUCAGAGCCAUAGCCAGAAGAGCUCGAUUUCAUCAGCUCCACCUCCUCCUACUGCUGCAACUAAUAGCAAUAAAGCUUUGAAGAAUUGGGCUUUAUUGUCAUCUGCUCGACAAAAGAAUUUGCCCACUUAUUCUGCCGCUGGCUCCGUACAUUUGUCAUCAAAGACAUCCAACAUGCAUCAGACUCAACUGCAGUCGCGCAAUUUGUCGUCUACAUCUUCGGAUAAGCGACAGGGAUGGAAAUCUGAGAAGAAUUUGAGGUUCUUGUUGAGGAAAGUGCUCAAGCAGAGCGACGUGGGGAGCCUAGGAAGAAUCGUGCUGCCGAAAAAGGAGGCGGAGAUUCACUUGCCCGAGCUGGAUACAAGGGACGGGAUAUCUAUCCCAAUGGAGGACAUUGGAACCUCUCGGGUAUGGAACAUGAAGUACAGGUUUUGGCCCAACAACAAAAGCCGAAUGUAUCUCCUGGAAAACACAGGAGAUUUUGUCCGAUCAAACGGGCUUCAGGAAGGGGACUUCAUAGUGAUAUACUCGGAUGCCAAGGGCAGCAAAUAUAUGAUAAGGGGAGUGAAGGUCAGACAACAGUCCGAGACCAAAGGAGCAGCGUGCAAGCUGAGCGCGCCAAAGGCUCAUCAGAGGAGGAGCUCCAAGAUUACGAGGAAUAACUAUGAUAGCGUGGAAGAUCUCUCUUAUUGCAGCGAUGUAGACGGUGAUGAGAAUGGCAAUGCUUUUCCUUUGAGCAUAAUGGUGGAUGAUCUAUAAUUAGAUUAUAGUUCUCGUUUGCAUGGUUGUCUCCUCUUCCAUAUAUGAGUAUAUAGUGCAUGUUGUAACUAGUAUAUCGACAAGUGAAUGAGCAAUAACAGUAUGGGUAUGCUCAAGGUUUCAUCUGUUGUGAGAUCGUUUUGUUAUCCUGGCAGCUAUUGUAUGAAUAUAUAUCAGGAGCUCAAUA